ACUGAGAACACUGGACCAACUCAACAACAGAGGGGAUCGAAGAAGCAGCCGAAUUGAAGAAAGAGGAAGAAGAAGAAGAUGAACACCGACAUUACAGCAUCGGCAAAGCCAGAGUACCCAGUGAUAGAUCGAAAUCCUCCCUUCACUAAGACCGUCGCCAACUUCAACACCCUCGAUUACCUUCGCCUGACCACUAUCACCGGCGUCUCCGUCACCGUCGGCUACCUCUCCGGCAUUAAGCCGAAAAUACGGGGUCCGUCCAUGGUGACGGGCGGAUUGAUCGGUCUAAUGGGGGGUUUCAUGUACGCUUACCAGAACUCGGCCGGCCGGCUGAUGGGUUUUUUCCCGAACGACGGUGAGGUUGCUCGGUACAAGAAAUAGGGCCAAACCCUUUUAAUCGUUCAGGCUUUUUAAUGCUAGAAAGACAAGAAAUUGGCGUUUGCAUAUGUUGGUCCCUGCCGUAUCGUGAUUUUAUCAGAAUAAUCAGAUUGUUGUUCUUCUUGAUUGUGCCGGCUCGUCUGUUUCCAAUUCUACACUCUGUUUUAUGGAAUGUUGACAGACUUUUAUCUGGUAUUAUUGAGCUUCUGUAUUGUUUUA